AUGACCAUUGAUGGCGAGGAUGAUUUGGAGAUGCCCUUUGAGUUGCCACCCAAGGCCGAUCGCAAGGCCAAACCUAUGGAAUGGCCUUUGCUGCCGGGGCUUCCCAACGAGCUCGCCACUCCUGCGGCUCAGUUGCGGCCGCUGGCGCCCCUGACAAAGUUUGCGGAUGAUGGAUCUUGGAUGCAUCGAACUUUGUGUUGCUCUGUGAUCAAAGGCGUUUUGGAGAUUCGCGAGAACGAUGAGAGGUGUGCCAGCUUGGAACUAUUUUGGUCGCGGGUUUGUUCUGGGAGACCUAGCAGCUCGACAAGAGAGGCAUACAAGUUGGAAACCAACGACAUGGUGGUCUUGGUGAGACCCUCUGUGAGGUGCCGACAUUCUCAAUCACAGGAGCAGUGGUCGUUUUCAUGUCGUCGAUCAUGGCUUCCAUAUAUUUUGCACUACUUGGCAUCGGAGGGUGCUGUCUUGGAGAAGGACGUGGAGAACUGCUUCCGUUUGGAGGGAAGCUGUGGCAAGGGAGGGUAUGGCACCAUCCGCCGUGGUUGCCCUGUGCCCUCGGAAUACUACAGCCCUUGCCAGGUGGCGGUGAAGGUUGCAGCGGAAAAGGACGUGCGACAUGAGCUCCGCAUGUUGGUUUCCGCGGGGCGACAUCCCAGCGUCAUCCAACACCACGGCGCCUUCCGCGGCGCGGAGCAAGGGCGAGGGCCAUGGAGUCUCAUCUUGGAGUUCUACCCAGAGGGAGAUCUGUGGCAUUUUUGCACAGACUGCCUGCAGCUGCACUUGGCGCUUUCGCUGCUUCAUAAUUUGUUGUUAGGCCUACAGCACAUCCACAGCCGAAAGAUCUUCCAUCGUGAUGUGAAGCCAGAGAACAUCUUGGUGUCCUGUGAGCGCGCCAUCCUCUGCGACUUCGGGGUAGCGGAGCUGCUGGCCGAGUCCUCCAUGCGACGUGCCAGGGGGCUGACACCGCAGUACGCUUCCCCAGAGAUGGUAGCGACCAACUCGAUGAACAUGACAGGCGAUGUCUAUGCCGCCGGAGCAACCUUCCACUUCAUGAUCACCCUGCAGUAUGUCUCUACCAGCAUCAAGAAGAAGUGGGGAAGUUGGUGGCACAGCCCUGAACCGGAGCUGUGCUUCGACCAUGCGCCGUUAUCCCAGCUGCCGGUCUCCUGUCAGGAUCUACUGGAAAAAAUGGUUUGCCCUGAACGCAAGCGGCUGACUGCAAAAGAGGCCGUUCGUCACUAUGCUUUCUGGUCCCUAGCUGACCCUGAAGAGGACACUGGCACCAGCUCCAAGACGAGUGGACACUUCUUCCCUCCGUUGCAUGAAGGCGAUGUGUCCGUCCCGCUGUCUUCCGUGCCACUGUCGUUCUUUGGUUCGGAAACGCUGGGCACGGCCAGCGCCAAUCUGAAGCACGGAGUCGGUAGCCAAGGACUUGGAGCCUUGGCGAAUUGCAGUGAGGCUUCCAGCCGCGGCCGCCGUUCUUCCAUGGGCUCCAACAGUUCCAAGCCCUCCGCGGGGUCGGAGCCCUUCCAUGGCGUGGUCGCAUGUCGGGUGAUUGAGGAGGUCUCUUUGGAUGAAUCGCUGGAGAAACUGAAGUUGAUGUUAAAUUGCCCCCCGGAGCCUCCGCAGAAGUGGUGGAGGGAACGCCGGAAGCCACGACCACCGGGAGUGAAAGCUCCCCGCGCUCGAAGGACAAGUGUCUCUCACUGGAUCAGCCAGCAAUGGCAGGCCUUUAAUGAUGGUCUGCCACAUCCGUCUUCAAAACGGCCUUCCCGUGUGGAGCCGGAGCCUCUCCGGAAGCAGGCAGACAUGGUUGAGCUCUAUUGA